AUGGGGGACGCAAAGCAUGAGCAGCCGUCGACGCCCUACGCGGCCAUGUUCGAGGGGUUUCGCAAGGAUUUAGAUGAACAUUACGAUCGGCGAGAGCGGGUCGUCAAAGCAUCUCGAGACAUUACUGCAGCCAGUAAGAAGAUUAUCUUCACUUUACAGAGGCUCCGGAACAUCGGCCAACCACUGCCCCCAUUUACUGUGAAAGGCAAUGCUCAGUAUUGGGGUACUAUCGCAGAACGAUACAAGGCUAUCUCUGCUGAUCUGCAGGGGCUAAAUGCAUAUCGCUACAAUAUGCAGAUCACCCAUGGGAACCAGGAGUUCAUGGAGGCGAUUUGCUUCCAGCACUAUAUUGAAACGCAAACACUGAUAUCAUACAACGAAGCCAAAAUGCGGGUUGCAGCUAUGAGUGGGGAGGCAGGUGUAGUUCAGCUUACCGUAGAGGACUAUAUCCUUGGAAUCUACGACAUGACCGGCGAGGUGAUGAAGUUCUCCAUCACCUCCAUGGCCACCAACGGCAAACUUCCAGCAGGAAAGCCAAAGAAGGGUCCCCAACCAAGCCAGGAGCCACCCAGUGAUCAGCCAGCAGACAAGAUGGAUAUCGACAGGGGAGUGACUGCACAGAGUGAGGAGCAGCAGCCGAGAAAUGUUCUUUCAGACCUGAGGGAACUCCGACUCCGGCUGGAGAUGCUUGAGCCGCCACGGACGUCGAAAUUUAGAAAUGAAGCAGAGAAGAAGGCAACUGUCAUGCGCGAAAGUGUCGAGAAGGUGGAGAAGGCACUGUACAAUCUUACCGUACGAGGGAGCGAGCGGCCGAAGGGCUGGGUGCCGGGGGUGAGGGAAGAGAGAAGGCCGGAGGUGGAGAGCUACUAA